AUGGAGGGGAUCGGAAAGAGGGAGGGGCGGAGUCAGCGGGAUUGGAUUGGGAGGGGAGGGGGGAAGGUGAAGGGGAAGGGGAAAGGAGCAGGAAAGAAACGGUCGACAGCGGAUUCAGCUUCGUGCAUUAACCUCCCCCGUCUCCUUACUUUUCUCCUCCAUCUGGUAGAUCGGGGCAGACCUCCAAGCAGCGGUUUCUCUUCCCUACCACAUCAUGGCUAUGCCGUGGCGAUCUUCGAUUCGACAACUCAGCCACCCGUUGCGAUCGGCAGGGCGCAGCGCCGGACCAGCGUGGCCGCCGCGGCGCCGGCACCGGUGUUGGCUGUGGGGCAAGAGGCGCGGGGGCCGGGGCCGCCACCUAGCUGCAGGGAAGGAGCGCUAGGCCACCAGCCGGCCGCCGCACCUGCGCGCAGCGUGCCUGCGCAAGUGCGCAGCUGCGGCCUGCGAGCCCAGGCGUCCGCCUCCCGCCGGCCACUGCAGGACAAAUGUGUGAAAGACGAACUUAACUCGGAAGAAAUCAAAGUUCAGUUCUUGCAAAGGGAAGCCUCUUGGUGCUGCUACAUUGUGCACUGCCAUGUCAUGUCAAAUUGCAGGACUGGUCUCCAAAUAAGCUUUUGCCAAGGCUACGGGAUCCUGUGCCCAGCAAAGGAUAACUUUGAGAAGAACCAAGCACCGAGUGGAUAGAGGGGAAAGAAGGGGCUAAGAAAUAUAGCUUUUAGUUGUUGGAGAAAUAUUUUAGAAGUAUUUGUAAGAUAUUGCCAAUUUGUACAUGAUUCUUUGUGAACACAUUUGCCUUGAACUUGAAUCAAUGGAUUUAUUGGUCAUUUAUUAUUUUCUGGACACAAGAAUUAAUUUUAUGAACACAGUAUAUAAUAUAUGGUUAUGCAAUGAA